UAUUUACAAAAGUUGACCUGCUUUGAAAAAAGUGACAAUAAUGUCAUUUUCAGGCAGUUCUACGCCAACUUUAAAAUCCACACCAGGUUAUGCUGAAGGUUACUUCAACAUAGAUGAUAUUCUUGCAUCACAGGAACGAGUUCCAUGUAAAUUUCAGCUCCCAGUGUAUGGUUUAGGUUUUAUUGAUCCUAGUUCAGAUGGAAAAGACAUCUUGCCAGGUACGAAAAUGGAGUGUCCAUUUUGGUUGGCGAAGGCGCUGUGUAGUCGCAAGCGACGUAUUGUCUCCGUGGAGAUUCCUAAACAGUACCGUGAAGGAUACAGAGAAAUUCUAAAAGCUGAUGCAAACGUCGUUGAUCUUCACAAACUUGGUCCACACUUCUAUACCUUUGGAACCCAGCUGCUCAGUUUUGAUCACACAGAGUCGACUGAUAUUGCGAAGUCACUGUUACAGACAUUUCAAGAUCGGUUCAGAAAAAUCAUGGAUUCCUCGCAGAAUGCAUAUUAUAAAGACGCCAAUGAGCUUGUGUCAAAACUUGAUGAAAAGGAACGGGAACUUUUCAAAGCAGGACAACAGGGUCUCAGUGACUUUCAGCGUUGGGAGACAAGACUUUCUGAAAAACUUGUGACUUCUCAAAUGGUAGCCAAACACAGGAAAAGGAAAAGGGCUGCUAUGGAAACAUCAUAAUUUUAUACAGACGAUUGGUGUCCAACAAAGUGACAUAUUUCAAUGUACCAGUAUCAAGGUGUCUAACUCAACUGUAAAUAAAAUGUAAAAUCCAACAAGUAAAUUAUCUGAGGUUUGUUAUUAUUGUGGAACUUUCUAUUCUGUAUUCAUUGAAUAUAAUAAUAAUUUAUUGUAAAAAACCUCCAAAUAAGGAGCAGACAACACAAAUAUGCAAUAAAAAUCAUACACAGAGAACGAAUAAAAAAGCGAUCAAAAGGGUGAAAGUAAAAGCUUCAAUAGUUUAUGGCGAGUCUCACCGACAAUCGUGCGUGAGGAAAUCUAUUCUGGUUGUGAAAAUGUCUUGUUAGCUUUGCUGUGAUUGAACAUUGGUUGUAUCUUUGCCUCUGCAUUCCCAAGGUUGUUAUAGCGUCUCAUUACCCCAACCUGCGAUUGCAGAACUGGCUCUGACACUUCCUCCAAUCUUGGGAUGGUUGGUUG